GAAAGGAAAUUCUGUCUCAAAUGCAGAGUCACACACACCGGACUGCUGUUUUGGCUUCCUGAAACAGUGUUUCUCCGUCAAGAUUAAUUUUCCUUAAAUCUCAUCAACAAAACACUCUUGGACACAGAAACUGAGAAGAGAAAGGGAGAGGAAGUUUUGAAAGAGGAAAGGAGAGAAUGAAUUCAUCCAAGUCAUCCUCGUCGAAACACACAGGAAGUGAAUGCUUCUCUUCCCAAGUAUUCUUAUGGACGAUUGCUGGGGUCUCCAUCUCACUUCUCAGUGCCUGUUUUAUCACCAGAUGUGUUGUGACAUACCAUAUCUUUCGAAUUUGUGAUGAGAAAAAGUUCCUGCCAGAUGAGAAUUUCACAGAGCUUUCCUGCUAUAAUGAUAAGUCAGGUUUAGUCAAGAAUUGCUGUCCAUUGAACUGGGAACAUUUUCAGUCUAGCUGCUAUUUCUUUUCUACGAACACCAUGUCCUGGACAGCAAGUGUCAAAAACUGCUCAUUCAUGGGGGCUCACCUGGUGGUUAUCAACACAGAAGAGGAGCAGGUAUUCCUUUUUCACAAGAAACCUAAAAGAAGAGAGUUUUUUAUUGGACUGACAGACCAGGUGGUUGAGGGUCAGUGGCAAUGGGUGGAUGGCACACCUUUUACAGAGAGCUUGAGCUUCUGGGACGUGGGAGAGCCCAACAACCUAGUUACGGUGGAGGACUGUGUUAGCAUAAGGGACUCUUCAAACUCAAGGCAAAACUGGAAUGAUUUACCUUGUUUCUACAACAUGUUUCGGAUCUGUGAAAUGCCAGAAGUGAAUACUUUGAACAAAAAACAUCUCUAAGAAAAGAAGGCACCACUUCAAUGUGUAAGAGGGAGGGAGAAGAGCCUGACCACACCAUCUCCAAGAUGAGAAAAAGUGCUUUGUAUUUCUUUAGGACCCCAGAAGUAUUUUUUUCUCUGAUAUGUAUAUAUAUAUUUUUUUCAAUGCUAUAAUUGUGCUAUAAUUCCUGACACUGACUGAACUUCAUUUUUCAUGAACUGAAAAUAAAAUUUAUUAGUCCAUAUUAAUCAGGUCCUCUUAGAAUUUACAAAAUAAUUCACUAGCAAAUGCAGUGAGUAGAAAUGAUUGCUCCUGUUAGAACAUUUGCCUCGGGGCCAGUAGGUGGCGUGGUGGUUAAGGUGUUGGACUCUCAUAUGGCCAACCGCGAGUGAGUUUCAGACCUGGUGGCUUGCUUUCUCACUUUCCCUCUCUCUCAUUCUCUCUCUCUCAUUCUGUCCCUCUCUGGUCAAAUUAAAAAAUAAGUAAAUAAAUAGAUAAAGUUAAAUAAAAUAACUCUAAAACAAAACAAAAACAAAAACAUUUGCCUCAUUUGUACGUGUAGGACAGUAUAGACAGAGCAAGCAGUGUCUAAGCAAAGAAAAGGAUUUUGGAAAGAGCCUUUGAACAAUUGCCUUAAUGAACUCUCUGUAUCACGUGCUUUCUUUUCAUAGCUCUGGGAAAGCCUGUCUUCUCUUGAUUUCAUGCUGUUUUUAUCCCUGGCCCAAGCAUGUAUCACUUCUAUGCUCUCCAGUACAGUAAGAAGCUUCUUCAAGUCCUGAAACUUACUCCUUAUUUCGAAGAUUGGUGUGACCUUUCUGGCCACAGAACUUUCCUCCUUGGGGAAAGGUCAUGCUCACUUUCACCUCCAAACAGACUGUAUCUGGUCCACUCAUCCUGGGAACUCCCUUUUCUCUUUAUUCUCUUCUACUGACUAAUUGGGUCUCAUCUGAAUUUGUAUUUAGUGCUCCGCUUGGACCAGAGUCAGUCAAAUGAUUGGAAGAGACAUUCAACUUUACACAUUCCUCUCCCAAGCUUAUUUAUUAUUAUCUAAUAGUCUAUCAACAUGGAUAAGAUUAUUCAAGAAUAUGUAAAUACUGGGGUCACUUUAAUAACUGUGUUUCUUAUAUAGAGUACCCUAAAAGAGAUCUCAAAAUGCACACCUUGGCAUUAAUGUGUAAUCAUUGAAUGGGAAAAUUUAGCUGAACAAGUGAAUAUAAUAUGUUAGCUUUUUUUUUCAUAAAUGUUUAAUUUUCUUAGAUGUUGCAACUAAAAGAAUAAUUAGUCAUCAAUAUUUCCAAGGUGACAUUCUCAAAAUAAACUACAGUUCAGACUUAAA